AUGGUCGACGCAUUCGGCGGCGGCAAUGCCUCUCAGACCGCCUCUGCCGUUGAUGACUUCUACUCCAGCGACGCGCCUCAGCAGCAGCCGGUGUUCUGUGCUGGCGGUCCCACCACCGGGUCCAAUGUCUCCACUGAGACAGCAGUGCAGCAGACAGAUGCAGACCAGCUCAGCCCUUCUCCCCAGGCAGCACAGACCAGAGCGACCGUUUGCUUAGGAGGCAGCCCUCCCUCCCCUUCUGAACUCAGCGGCACUCUCGACAGCCACAAGGUCCCUGGAGGCGCCAAAUUCGCCGUUUCUCAGGUUCAUGGGGUGUAUCUAGCGCUACACCGUUUGGUGUUAAGUCGCUGCGCUCCCUGGCCUGAGUUUUUUGCUUCUUCUUCAUUCCAAAGGCCGGGGACAGGUGCAGCAGCAGUCGAUCGCUUGGAGAGGAAUCUGCGUUACUUCUCUACGAAUUACAUUUGCAUUUGCUGCGUCUUAAGUCUUGCAUGCGCUCUCUUAAACCCAGCGCUGCUGGGCGUCGCGGGGCUCUGUGGGGCCCUCUGCUCCUAUGCAUCUUUCAAGGGAGAAGUGCAGGUCAGCAGCAGCAGCCGCAGCAGCAGCAGCCGCAGCAGCAGCAGCAGCAAAUAA